AUGUCGCUCCAAACACCCCGCGUCCUCCCCGCCCACCUCCACGCCUUCCACCCCUCCAACGCAAACCCCCACGUCACAAGCACUGUCCGUCUUCUGGGCACAGUAACGGCGCUCCGCGGCGACACGGCAACCAUCACGUGCGGAGAUAACGGAGACGUGACACUGAUCUUGAAGCCCGAUUCGCAUCUGCAGAUGGGCAAGUUAGUCGAGGUUGUUGGGAAGGUGACUGAUGUUGAGGGGCAGGGUCUUGGGGUGAGGGUGUUGGGCAGCUUUGAUUGGGGAAAUCCCUCUGAUUGCGGUAUGUGGUUCGCCCUUCCUUUCUUUCUUGUUGGUCUACGUUUCUUUGGUGUUGUUGUUAGGAGCUUGGUGCUGGGAAGAAUUAUGUGGGGAGCUCGGGCUGAUGGUGGUUCUUGGACAGAUUAUAAAAUAUAUGAGAAUGUUGUCAAUGCGACACAUCGGUUCAAGUCGCUUUUCUACGAGGCGGCUGAAUAA